CGGACGCCGCCACGGGGAAACCUUGCAGCAGCGCAGCAGCCUGGCACAGAGUAGGUUUGCAACGAAAGUUAGUUGGCAGGCUUUCCCUCCUCAGAGCGCUGUGGUCCCCAGGACACGGGGUGUAGCUGGGAGCCGGAGAAGCAGCUUUGUUGGUGGGGGAGUCGGUUGAGCCAGCACGUGUCUGUGUAUCCCCGCUCUCUCCCACCAGACCCUGGGAAUCCAGCCUCGCCAAACAAACACCAGAGCGCCCGCUAAUCGCCAGCUCAGAAACAAAACAGCGCGGCUCCGGGGGAUCCGGGCGCAAUCAGCCCUCCCUCCUCGCGCUCCUUCGCCACCGCCCGCCCCUCGGCUCCGCGGCUCCGCUCGGCUCCGCUCAGAGCAGCGCAGCUCCGCAGCCGCCGAAGCGAGGCGGGCUCGGUCUCCCCAACCGCCGGCGCCACCCGGGCUCCUCCGGGUUUCUCCUCCGCAGCUCCCAUCACUUCGGGCAGGAGUGUCCUGACAGGGGUCUGCAACAUCGGCACAAAGUUGGGGGGGCCCUCGAGGAUGACGCUGUCUCCCGCGCCCCUGAGGCUCAGCCGGGGUCCGGCGCUGCUGGCCCUGGCGCUGCCCCUGGCCGCGGCGCUGGCUUUCUCGGAUGAGACCCUGGAUAAAGUGGCCAAAUCGGAGGGCUACUGCAGCCGCAUCUUGCGCGCCCAGGGCACGCGGCGCGAGGGGUACACGGAGUUCAGCCUCCGCGUGGAAGGCGACCCCGACUUCUAUAAGCCAGGAAACAGCUACCGCGUGACACUUUCAGCUGCUCCUCCCUCCUACUUCAGAGGCUUCACAUUAAUUGCCCUCAAAGAGAAUCGAGAGGGCGAUAAGGAAGAAGAUCACGCCGGCACCUUCCAGAUCAUAGAUGAAGAAGAGACCCAGUUUAUGAGUAACUGCCCGGUGGCCGUCACUGAAAGCACUCCCCGGAGAAGAACUCGCAUCCAGGUGUUCUGGGUAGCGCCACCUACAGGGACAGGCUGUGUGAUUCUGAAGGCCAGCAUCGUACAGAAACGCAUCAUUUAUUUUCAAGAUGAGGGCUCUCUGACCAAGAAGCUGUGUGAACAAGAUCCCACAGCCGAUGGGGUGACGGACAGACCAAUCUUGGACUGCUGCGCCUGUGGAACUGCCAAGUACAGACUCACGUUUUACGGGAACUGGUCCGAGAAGACCCAUCCGAAGGAUUACCCCCGUCGGGCCAACCACUGGUCCGCCAUCAUUGGAGGGUCCCACUCUAAGAACUACGUGCUGUGGGAAUACGGAGGGUAUGCCAGCGAAGGCGUCAAGCAAGUUGCUGAGCUGGGCUCGCCGGUAAAAAUGGAGGAAGAAAUUCGACAGCAGAGUGACGAGGUCCUUACUGUCAUCAAAGCCAAAGCCCAGUGGCCAGCCUGGCAGCCUGUCAACGUGAGAGCAGCACCCUCCGCUGAAUUCUCAGUGGACAGGACCCGCCACUUGAUGUCCUUCCUGACCAUGAUGGGCCCCAGUCCCGACUGGAACGUGGGCCUGUCUGCGGAGGAUCUGUGCACCAAGGAGUGUGGCUGGGUCCAGAAAGUGGUGCAGGACCUGAUCCCCUGGGACGCUGGCACUGACAGCGGGGUGACCUAUGAGUCACCAAACAAGCCCACCAUUCCUCAGGAAAAAAUCCGACCCCUGACUAGUCUGGACCAUCCUCAGAGUCCUUUCUAUGACCCAGAAGGUGGGUCCAUCACACAAGUGGCCAGAGUCGUCAUCGAGAGAAUCGCCCGGAAGGGAGAACAGUGCAACAUUGUACCUGACAAUGUGGAUGAUAUCGUAGCUGACCUGGCUCCAGAGGAGAAAGAUGAAGAUGACACCCCCGAGACCUGCAUCUACUCCAACUGGUCCCCGUGGUCGGCCUGCAGCUCCUCCACUUGUGAAAAGGGCAAGAGGAUGCGGCAACGCAUGCUGAAGGCACAGCUGGACCUCAGCGUCCCCUGCCCCGAUACCCAGGACUUCCAGCCCUGCAUGGGCCCUGGUUGCAGCGAUGAAGACGGCUCCACCUGUACCAUGUCGGAGUGGAUCACCUGGUCGCCGUGCAGCAUCUCGUGUGGCAUGGGCAUGAGGUCCCGGGAGAGGUACGUGAAGCAAUUCCCGGAGGACGGCUCGGUGUGCACGCUGCCCACCGAGGAGACGGAGAAGUGCACAGUCAACGAGGAGUGCUCUCCGAGCAGCUGCCUGGUGACCGAGUGGGGGGAGUGGGAUGACUGCAGCGCCACCUGUGGGAUGGGCAUGAAGAAGCGGCACCGCAUGGUCAAGAUGAGCCCCGCGGACGGUUCCAUGUGCAAGGCAGAGACGUCCCAGGCAGAGAAAUGCAUGAUGCCCGAGUGCCACACCAUCCCAUGCCUGCUGUCUCCCUGGUCCGAGUGGAGCGACUGCAGCGUGACCUGCGGGAAGGGCAUGCGGACCCGCCAGCGCAUGCUCAAGUCUCUGGCGGAGCUGGGCGACUGUAACGAGGAGCUGGAGCAGGUGGAGAAGUGCAUGCUGCCCGAGUGCCCCAUUGACUGUGAACUCAGCGAGUGGUCCCAGUGGUCUGAGUGUAACAAGUCAUGUGGCAAAGGCCACAUGAUUCGGACCCGGACAAUCCAAAUGGAACCUCAGUUUGGAGGGGCACCCUGCCCAGAGACCGUGCAACGCAAGAAGUGCCGUGCCCGGAAGUGCCUUCGAAGCCCGUCGGUCCAGAAGCUGCGCUGGAGGGAGGCCAGAGAGAGCCGGCGUAGUGAGCAGCAGAGGGAAGAACUGGACGGCGAGCAGUUCCCAGGCUGUCGGAUGCGCCCAUGGUCAGCCUGGUCAGAAUGCACCAAACUGUGUGGAGGUGGAAUUCAGGAGCGCUACAUGACUGUGAAGAAGAGGUUCAAAAGCUCCCAGUUUACCAGCUGCAAAGACAAGAAGGAGAUCAGAGCGUGCAACGUACACCCUUGCUAGCUAGCAGGGGCACGACUCCCCGGGGCCGCAACCCAGAUUCCGGUCCGCCAAUGGCUGGGUGGUCUGUUUGCUUGUUUAAGAUGAUUUAAAUUGUGUCCACUAGUUUUCAUUUUUAUGGUGUGGUUUGCCCAAUAGUCCUACGGAUGCCAAAGGACAUCCUGUGUCAAUACUUCUUGGUGGGUGCAGGCCAAGCGGGGCCCGCUUGUCCUCAGGCGGCCCUCUUCCUACACUGAAGUGAGUAGUGUUGGUUUACCUUGUACUAAACUGAAAUGCGACCCCCUGGAGCCUGAUCCUGGUCAAGCGGAGACCCCGGCCACAUCCACAGCGAGAAGCAGCCAGGAUGCAGCAUGUGGGAGACACAGCCAUCAGAUGCAGAGGACAGAUUCCCCCUUUCUUACCUUUGGCCUGCUCAUCCUUGCAGAAACCUGUUUGUCCAUCUCUUUUCAUUUAGCACAACUCCAGGGAUCUUGGUAAGUCUUCUGGGUCGUGAGUUCUUCAGUGCCCUUGAGGAGAUCACCUAAGGUGGCUCUUACUCUACAAACCUCCCAACCACAAAGGCAGCAAACGGUGAUGACUACUUUAUCUAAUUGUGAUAAAGAAAAUUAAGCAUAAACUAUCUUUCCCUUGGGUUUUGAUUGUUGGUGCCACGACUGUCCUAGGAUGCCGGAUACAUGGCCCUUUUGUCAAGAGAUCCUUCUUUGAACCAAUGCAGACAGUAAACUGGGUGCUGGUUCCAAACCCGACUUAAAAUCUUCCUACACAUAUCCAGGGCUUUUAGGUUUCCCAAACUCUCUUAGAAUAAUGCAUUUUAGCUCUAAGAACUACCUGCUAAGUCUGCCAGGAAGCCCCCAAGUCAAUUUCUCAACAAAAAUACUAUUUCCCAACUUUUUUUUUCUUUAAGUCACAGUGUUGUACAGUUAGAGCACUGAGACAACCUAUUCCCAUGACUAAGACACAAACCUAGAAGGGUUAUUCAAUCAUGCCUGUGCCUGAUUUCUGGACCAGGGCCCUGGUUCUCACAGACAGUCCAAAGGAAGGUCAGGGGUUUCCACUGACUUCCAAGCCAUCAGCAAUGUGAUAAAUCCAACAGUCAGAGUAAAAGGACGUUUAUCUCAGUUGUGAGCUCUCUGGCAGGUUUUGCUCAUGCAUCUGUCCAAACUCACCACAUUCUUUUGCAAGUUUGUGUUUAUUACUGCUUCAUCCAAAAUACACACUGUGGGCAAGGUGCACACAGAGUUUGAAUAUACUACUUUAAGAAUCUGCAUUAAACACAUGAAGAUAUUUCCAGCCACAUCUAUGUACAACCCCCAAAUAUGUAUUUUCCUUAACAUGAGAGCCUGUUCAAUAAAAAACAAAACAAAAACAAAAAACAAAAUAAACCUCACUGGGUCUGUCUUUGCUUUUAGGCCAAUUAAGUGGUGGGAGUAUUGGGUCUUUUUCCAGUUGUUACCCAGUUCAUUUGCAGGAAAAGAUGGAGUUUCUGUUCCCUCUAGAUGGGCCGAUGGAAUCACACCCCUCAGCUGUCUGAGGCCUGGAUUAUUUCCAACGUUAUUUUUAAAUAUUUUAAUGAAUUGCUUUCUCCUUCAAAGGCAUAUAAUAAAGACAAAGAAUUAAGAGGCUUAAAUUUCCUCUUGGGACACCCAAGCCCUCCCUAAAGAAACCGUCCUGCCUACUCUGCAACAUCUUCCAAGUUAUCUUAAUGUAAACUUAUUCCCAACCCAUGAAAACUAAAAUUCCUUCAGACGGGGACAGGCUUUGGAAGACAUUUGAAAAACCAAGAAAACUGGCUGAAGGCCAAUAAGAGAAUGAGAAACAUGCUUUUGUCAUAAGUUUUACUGCUGUGUCUACCAUGGGGAACUUGUGAAUGUCAAAUCUUUCUUACCAAAGUCUUAGGUUAGGUGGUUGUCCUGUUUUUUAGCUAAACCAAGCAUUUUGUAAAUAAAGAUUUUCUUACUUCAAA